CGGUAAAGUUAUUCAUAUCGAAAGGAUAGAGCUAUGGAGGAAAGUUUGAUUCAAAAUGUUUUGCGCUUCUAUGGUGAGAGCGGUUCGCUGUCCACAGGAAACCUGGAAAACUUUCUGCGCCUCAUCACCAGCCGCCGCGCGCCGUCGGUCGAUGCUGACGCCAAUCCGCUGAAGAACACCGAGUGUUCUUCAUUGUCAGAGCUGCUGUCUGCCUUUGGAUUAAGCAACGCUUCAGCCGUCAGUCCCAGUGAUCUGGAGAUGAUGUGUCCAGCUAUUCUCAAUCAGGUCCUGCUUCCUUCCUGCCCUUACAGCUCCCUCUCAAACCAUAAUGAUUCUUCAUCGUUACCUGAUCACAAAGUUUGGGGUUAUGGUUUCCUGGCCGUGACCGUGAUCAACUUGGCUGCUCUGUUGGGGUUAUUUCUGGUGCCUUUGACUAAAAAAACAUAUUUUCCAAAAGUCUUGACAUAUUUCAUUGGAUUGGCCAUUGGGACACUGUUUUCAAAUGCUGUACUGCAACUUAUCCCAGAGGCCCUUGGCUUAGAUCCUAAAGACGAUAACUAUGUGCUAAACGUAGUUGGGAUUUUUGGUGGAUUUUAUAUUUUGUUCUUCACUGAACGAGUUUUAAAGAUGGUACUGAAAGCAGACCCAGAGCUGGGACACAGUCAUUUCCCUCCCCUGCAGUCAGCUGACAUCACCAUCACCACCUUUAGCAAUGACGCUGUCAUAAACAACAUCAGCGGUGACAUCAUCACAAACAACACCAAUCAUGAGAUAAACUCUAUCAAUGAAAAGUCCAACAACCCAAGUGAGAGUCCAGCCAUUGAACAGAAUGCAUGCGUGUUAUUUACUUGUCACUGGCUGAAAGGGGAGGGAAUGUCUAAUAUAAAGACUGUGGCAUGGAUGAUCACUGUCAGUGACGCUGUGCAUAACUUCAUCGACGGUCUGGCCAUCGGAGCGUCCUUCACUCUCUCUCUUCUCACUGGCUUCAGCACCUCUAUUGCCAUCUUCUGUGAAGAGUUCCCUCACGAGCUGGGUGAUUUUGUGAUUCUGUUGAACUCGGGCAUGAGUGUUGGUCAGGCUGCAUGUUUUAAUCUGCUGUCAGCGAUGUGCUGUUAUCUGGGUCUUGCAUUGGGGAUCCUGCUGGGCAGGAGUUUUGCUCCAAAUGCUAUCUUUGCCAUUGCUGGUGGGAUGUUCCUCUAUAUCUCCCUUGCAGACAUGUUCCCAGAGAUGAACAGUAUCAUGGCUACACAUACCAAAGGUUAUCGAGGAAAGAUUGUGUUCUUCCUGAUCCAAAAUGCUGGGCUGCUCACCGGAUUCACUGUAAUUUUGCUUAUUACCCUGUUCGCUGGUGAUAUCAAUCUGGAGUGAGAAAGAAAGAAGCGAAUGAAAGUGAGAAACAAAGAACAAUUGUUUUCAGUGCCAGAAACCAAAAACUUGAGACAGACACUGUUGUUUUUGCAGUUUGUAUGCUAGACUAGUACUGUAUUUGCUGUUGGGGAAAACAUAACACAAUCAUAUGGUCCUGGAGUACAUGAUUUUUAUUACACUGUUUAAUGAGAUUUUGUUGUUGUACUGAUGUGAGUGUUAGUGUGUGAUGUGAAAAGGCAACAAUACUCUGCUGUGUGAAGAGGAAUUCCUCAGUGGCAGUGACAGCCUUGCACUGAGUCUCUGAGCAGCUUUGUCAUCCAAAUGUCACCUUUUGAGUGAGACUGUUUCAUGUUCACACAGUCUCUAACCAAAGGAAAUGGAAGAGAAGAUAACUGCUGUGUGCUUUUGUGUGUCUUUUCUACAGCUGGUUUCAUUGGGG